AUGCCACAGUUAUCAGGCGGCGGCGGCGGUGGAGACCCGGAGCUGUGCGCUACAGACGAAAUGAUCCCGUUCAAAGACGAAGGAGACCCGCACAAGGAGCAGAUCUUCGCCGAGCUCAGCCACUCGGAGGAAGAGGGAGACCUGGCGGACAUCAAGUCAUCUCUGGUCAACGAGUCGGAGAGCAGCCCCAACAGCAACAGUCACGAUGCAGCUAGACAGUCCCAAAUACCGCAAGAUUCAUAUCAUGAAAAACACCGAGACCAUCCGGAAGAUGGAAAGCAUCAAGACAUGUACAGCAAAGGCCAUCCGUACCCGGGCUACCCAGGUUACAUCAUGAUGAGUAACAUGAACAAUGACUCCUACAUGAACAAUGGCUCCCUCUCACCACCCAUGCCCAGAACGUCCAACAAAGUCCCUGUGGUGCAGCCGUCUCAUGCCGUCCACCCACUCACCCCGCUGAUCACGUACAGUGACGAGCACUUCGCUCCAGGAUCUCAUUCUGGCCAUCACCCCCAGGAUGCCAGCAACAAACAAGGAAUGCCAAGGCAUCACCCUGGACCAGACAUGACCAACUUCUACUCCCUAUCUCCUGGAGGAGUGGGGCAGAUAACACCACCGCUGGGAUGGUUCUCACACCACAUGGUGCCCGGCCCCCCAGGUCCCCACGCCACAGGGAUCCCCCACCCGGCCAUCGUCAACCCACAGGUCAAACACGAGCCACCGCAUGAAACAGACAUCAUGCACAUGAAACCCCAGCACGAACAGAGAAAGGAGCAGGAGCCCAAAAGACCGCACAUCAAGAAGCCGCUAAACGCCUUCAUGCUCUACAUGAAAGAGAUGCGUGCGAAUGUGGUCGCCGAGUGCACGCUGAAGGAGAGUGCUGCCAUCAAUCAGAUUCUGGGACGAAGGUGGCAUGCUUUAUCUCGGGAAGAGCAAGCUAAGUAUUAUGAGUUAGCCCGCAAGGAACGGCAGCUCCACAUGCAGCUCUACCCAGGCUGGUCCGCUCGAGACAAUUAUGGAAAGAAGAAGAAGCGGAAGAGGGAGAAGAUGCAGGAAUCGGCCACAGGAGGAAAACGGAACAAUUUCUCCACAUGCAAAGCGAAGGCAGCAGCUACGGGCCCUCUGCUAGAGAUGGAGGCCUGUUAG